AUGGGCAUCUGGGGGCAUUGGGGCGGAGAGCGUGCCAGGCCCUUUCCCAGCGAACAAGGUGUGUGUGUGAUAGGGGUGGGGGACACUGCUGCCACGCCUCUGUCUCCUGAAUCUGACACCAACAAGAUUCUCACCCCCUCCCACCCCCCCACUGUCCAGCCCCCUCCAACCCCCCCACUGUCCAGCCCCCUCCCCUACUGUCCAGCCCCCCUCCCCACUGUCCAGCCCCCUCCCACCCCCCACUGUCCAGCCUCCUCCCACUCCCCCACUGUCCAGCCCCCUCCCACCCCCCCCACUGUCCAGCCUCCUCCCCCUCCCCCACUGUCUAGCCCCUCCAACCCCCCUACAGUCCAGCCCCCCUCCCCACUGUCCAGCCCCUCCCCCACUGUCCAGCCCCCUCCCACUCCCCCACUGUCCAGCCCCUCCUGCUUCCCCAUUAGCCAGCCCCCUCCCACUACCCAAACAUGA